AUGUCGCUCCAGCAGCCGACUGAGGAAGCGACGGGGGAGAGGAGCGCUUUCUUUAUAGGCGCCGAAAAGGACGACAUCCACGGGCAGGAGGAGGACCACCAUCAGCUCAUUCUGCUAAAAGCCAACGCUUUGGCCUCAGAAGACUCCCUCAAAGAGGCCAUCUACUGGUUCUCGGUGGCCUUUCGUUACAAGUCCAUGAGACCCGAACAGCUAAGCACUUUUGUGGACUGUAUAGUGCGGAAUCUUAAGAAAAAGGCAGCCUCCGGCUCGGAUUCGCCGUCGAAGCGGGAAUCCGAGGAGCACAAGAGCCAGUGGGACAAAGUAUUUGAUUGCCCUAACUGUCAUAGUUUUUUAGGGGAACCAGUGACCCUAGCGUGUGGACACUCAUUUUGCAAGAGAUGUUUGCAACGAGAUUUGCUCUCUAAGUGCAAGUUGUGCCACGAAGUGGUAAGACUCGAAGGAAAGCCUAAUGUGAUUCUGUGCGGACUUUUGGAGAAAUGGUUCCCCAGCGAUGUGAAACGGUCUAAAAACCUAAGCGAAGUAGACGAACUGUGUAUGUGUAAACGCUACGACGAUGCGGUGAAAAAAGCAAGCAAUAUCAUCCAAGCAGAGCCUGAAACAACAGUGGAGGUGCGACUUUCACGGGCAGAGGCAUACACAUCUCUCAACCAGUUUGAUCUCGCUUUGGAAGACAUUGAGUUUUGUCUUGCAUCUAGGUGUUCUGCUGAGGCUUUUUUUAGGAAAGCUAUGGUGCUGCACAAAAUGGGCGAAGUGGAUGAGUCUCUACAAGUCUUCCUCAACUGCCUUGCUGUGGAUGAAGAUUUCCCUUGUGCAAAAAGACAAGUGGAAAAGAUUAUGUGUGACCUGCUCUCUUCGGCGAACGACAACAUCAAGAUCGGCCUUAGGGAAACGGCGCAAAACACGUCGCCCCACUUGCGCAGCAAAACCCUUGUGACCGGUGCCCAAGUCAGAUCACAUAGUCCAGUCCAAAGACAAAGUCAACACCAGGUCCGCGCUGUGUCGGCACAUCAGCGAACGGAAAAGCAGGAGAAACGUUGGGAGAGUCUUGAACGUCCCGGCCUGAAUAGAGCUCAUUCCCUGCGAUGUCACAGCGCCGAUUUUGGCGAGCAAGGUCUGAAGAGAGUCUGCUCCGCCCCUCAGCUUGGGGACCAGGAAAAGGCGAGCCUGCUGAAGAGGAAGUUGUCUGUUUCUGACAUUGAGACUUGCAUUGUGGCCAGUGGAAGUAGCAAGCAUAAAAAGCAAGGUGUGAAUAAUAUCAAAAAAACAGCAGCCAAAGCUAACACUUGCAGACCUAUUCUUGAGGAGCUCAUUGACGCCAAUGACUUUGAGUGUUCUCUUUGUAUGAGGUUAUUUUACGAGCCUGUGACGACGCCGUGCGGCCACACAUUUUGUAAAAGUUGUCUUGAGCGAUGCUUGGACCACACGCCACAUUGUCCCCUGUGCAAACAGAGCCUAAAAGAGUAUUUAGCAUCUAGGAAGUACACUGUGACAAGCACGCUGGAUGCGCUAAUCAAACAGUAUUUGGGUCAGGAGUAUAAGGAGCGGUCCAAAACACAUUCGGAUGAGACCAAAGAGCUUUCUGACUUGACAAAGAAUGUGCCUAUCUUUGUGUGUACCAUGGCCUACCCCACCGUGCCUUGCCCACUGCAUGUAUUCGAGCCACGUUACCGCCUCAUGAUCCGCCGCUGCAUGGACACGGGCACGCGGCAAUUCGGGAUGUGUAUUAGUGAUCCUCAGAAAGGGUUUGUAGACUAUGGUUGUAUGCUCAUCAUCCGGAGUGUGCACUUCCUGCCUGAUGGUAGAUCAGUGGUGGACACCAUCGGGGGAAAGCGUUUCCGAGUCGUGUCCCGAGGAAUGAGGGAUGGUUAUAGUAUUGCUGACAUUGAGCUUUUGGAAGACACUCGGGUGGAGGACAGAGAAGAGCUUGACAGUUUACAAGAACUCCAUGAUGCUGUGUACAAUCAGGCCUGUGACUGGUUUCAGAACCUCAAGCUCCGCUUCCACAACCAGAUCCUGCAACACUUUGGACCAAUGCCCGAGCGAGAAGCUGAUAUCCAGGCGACUCCUAAUGGUCCCGCAUGCUGCUGGUGGCUCCUUGCUGUGCUUCCCAUCGAUCCGCGCUACCAGCUGUCAGUCCUCUCCAUGACCAGCCUCAAAGAACGCCUGGUGAAGAUCCAGCACAUUCUCACUUAUUUGCAGAGCAUCCCCAACAACUGA